CGGGAAUGAGGUCCACUGAGUUGCUCAGCCUGGGUGGUGGCUGCGCCAGUUUCAGGAGAUGUACAAUUAAAUGGAGGCCUCAUAUCCAACAGCCCACUCACUCCUUGGCGUAAGUCGCCGUUUACGAUCUGCGGCAGCCAGAGUGCUUGGAACCUCUUCACCACUAUCUCGGUGUGGCACAGGAGAAAGUCCCACUGAAAUUUGCAAAGUAUCCACCCAACAGGUGACGAAGGAUGUUGUUAGUCAGCAGGUCCGAGUCGAAGCGACACUUGACGCGACCGGGGAGACAGAAACUUCAAAUCGAGCCUUCAGAGCAGGAUUGGCUGGUGUUCCCACUAAUCAAGCCUCCAACAUGACCCACCAACCAUGGAUCUCGAUCUACGGGUACACCGGCAUCGAUCCGACAUUCAUGAUCCUUUGUUAUGUUGCAGGAUCGAUAGGGACAGGAUCCGACGAAAAUAGUUGUGUUGCACAAUACCAUUUGAAUUUUUAUUUCCAACUUGAAUGUAUUGGCGAGGAACGCGACGAGCGUCUCGCGGGUUUAAUCCGCCCGAAAACCAGAUGAAUAAAUAUUACUGGUGCGUUUAAAUGGCUGUAGAUGGGAAUCACACGUGCAAACGUGGUUCCGGGGACUAUCAAUAGCACUAACCCAUUCUUAGCAGUAAAGCGCCCGCCAGCUGAUGCGUGCUGACCACAAUACCCUUCCCGCCACAGAGCCGGUCGUUCGUCCUUUGAUGUUCUCAUCGGUUGGGUGUGAACUUCUCCUAGUAGC